AUGGUUACUACAAGAGAUAGCCAUUUGCUAACUUAUCUCGGGAUAGAUCAAGAUCACGUGUAUGAAGUUAGAGAACUGAAUGAUAUUGAUGCUCGUGAGCUGUUUUGUAAGCAUGCUUUUCCGAUACACCAAAAAUUUAAAAUCAAGACAAAUCUAGUGGAUAGUGUUCUAGAUCAUGCUAAAGGCCUUCCUUUAGCACUUGAGGUGCUAGGUUCCUUUUUAAGAGGUAGAAGAGAAUAUGAAUGGGAAAGUGCACUAGAUGAGAUUUCUACGGCUCCUAAAAAAGGCAUCAAUGAUGUGCUCAAAAUAAGUUACGAUGGACUAGAGCCAAAAGUGAAAGAGAUCUUUCUCCACAUUGCUUGCUUCUUUAAGGGGCGGGAUAGUGAGUAUGUAAAGAAAGUUCUCGAAAGUUGUGAUUUUAAGGCAGUAAUAGGAUUACAAAUUCUCAUUGAGAGGUCCUUGAUAAGAAUUGAGACCAAAGACAUACAAAUGCAUGACUUGAUUCAAUUGAUGGGUAUGGAUAUUGUGAACCAAGAAAGCAAUGAUCCCACAAGACGCACUAGACUAUGGCUAUAUGAUGACGUUGUCGAUGUUCUCUCAAGUGACAUGGAAAAUUGUGCUGUAAAAGCCAUAGUGUUGGAGCCACCUGAGCCGACAGAGAUAUGUAUCGGUCCUGAUACUUUUACAAAAAUGAGAAGUUUGAGAUUGCUCAUUUUGCGCAAUGUGCAUAAUUCUUUCCAAGGUUCUGUAUGUCUUCCUAAUGAGCUAAGAUGGUUUCAAUGGGCUGGAUGUGCUCCUCGGAUUCCAGAAUUUUCCUCUGGUCGAAAGAAAUUAGUGGGACUUGAUAUGAGCAAUUGCAGUAUCACAAAGGUGCCAAAUCAAUUUAAGGGCUUCCAAACUUUGAAGUACCUUAAUGUCAGUGAGUGCGAGUCGUUGGUUCGCAUGCCGGACCUCUCGUGUACUCCAAAUCUCGAGGAAUUGGAUCUCCGUAAUUGUAAAAACUUGGUCGAAGCCCACAAGUCCAUCGCAUAUCAUUGCAAGCUACAGGAGUUAAAUUUCCAGGGAUGCUCUGAACUUAGUGUUUUUCCAAAUGAGCUCAAGUCAAAAAAUCUUCGAACUCUCAAUCUUAAAGAAUGCACAAAGUUUGAAAGGUUCCCUGAUAUUCCACAUAAACUCGAAGCCCUAAAAGAGCUUUAUUUGGAAAGAACCGCUAUCAAAGGACUUCCUGCAUCAAUAGAAAAUCUUGUCUCUUUGAAGACAAUGGAUGUAGGUUAUUGCAAGAAACUGAUGAGUCUUCCAUCUAGCAUUUACAAGUUACAAAACCUUGAAGUCUUGGCUCUCGAUUUUUGCACAAAUUUAAUGGGGUUUCCAAGGUACGAGGAUUCAACUGAUCCUUGUACAAAGACCAAACUUUCAAAUUUACAUCAAUUAAACCUUUCAGGAUGUAAUUUGUCCGAAGUAGACUUUCUUGAGAAUCUUUCAUGCUCUCCAUUCUUGACAACAUUACAAUUGUCAGGGAACAAUAUUACUAGCCUUCCUACAUCCAUCAAUAAACGUCAUCAUUUGUCCUAUUUGCUGGUUGAUAAUUGCCAUCAAUUACAGGAGACUCCCAAGCUUCCACCUUUUAUGAAAACUCUUCGGACGGAUAAUUGCGAAUCUCUGCAAAAUUGUGGAGAUUUAACUUCAGUUCAUGAUUUUGUUCGUAGAGGGUUAACCAUGACUGAAAUUUGCUCGCCUUACCAGGUUAGAUUCUCUCUCUCACGCACACACAUGCACACACACGCACGCAUAUCGAUAUGGACUCUAUGCUGGAUCUCGUGCAUGGUUGGAUAUCACAAUAGCAGAAAAUGCAAGAUUUGA